CAAGAGUCAGAGUCCUCCUGCCACAGUGCACCUGAGAAUCACCACAGUCACUCAUCCAGUGAAACUAGUAUCUGGAAGGCUAAGGACCAGAAGGCCAAAGGUAAAUCAGUUCAAAUAGGUAUGCAGUCAAAAGGAAAAAGGAAGUUACAAGAUGGCAAAAAAAAUGGUGAAGAUUACUGUUAAAACAAGCAAAAAAAAGGAUGGUGCCAGGGCUUGGGACAAAGCUCAUUACUGUGUGUACUGUAAAAAGGCUCAAUUGAAAAUAGCCAGACAUCUAGAAAGAAAACAUAGUGAGGAACGCGAUGUCGCCAUUGCUUUUAGUUUCCCAGUUGGCUCCAAAAAAAGGAAGAAAUUGUUGGAAGGCCUUCGUAAUAAAGGCGACUGGCAACAUAAUGCCAGUGUCUUAAAAGAAGGAAAUGGUGAGAUUGUAACAUGGAGACAGCCCCCUGGGAAAGCAGACAUAGAGAGCUACCUACCAUGUCAACACUGUUACGCGAUGUUCAAGAGAACUGAACUGUGGAGACACAAUAAAUCGUGCAGAGGACGGGCAGAGGAUAGUCAGAACGGCAAAAGAGCCAGAAUACAAAAAUCUUCCUCGUCCCUUAUUCCAGUCAGAGAAUCAUCUAGUGGAGUACAAGAGAUCAUUCAUUCCAUGCAACAGGAUUGUGUAACUUGUCAUAUCAGGAAUGAUGAGAUGAUUUGUGCAUAUGGAGAUGCAUUAUUUGCUAAAAAGGGCAGAGAACAAUCUCAGCACAGAUAUAUUGCACAAAAACUAAGAGAAUUGGGACGUUUUAUGUUGGCUGCCAAAGACAUUGACAAGCAUGUCGCAAGUCUUAAAGACAUUUGUGAUCCAGCCAAUUUUAAUCUGGCAAUUAAAGCAGCCAGGCAUUUGUCAAACUAUGAUGUAAACAAGAAUGAAUAUGGAAAGCCAUCUACAGCUGUUAAAAUUGGCUUUUCACUCAAAGGAGCAACUGAAACCUGGAUAGGCCACUGCUUGAUGACGUGUGAUGGUAAAGCUGAGAAGAAGGCAAAAAAGUUCAAGGAACUGCUGGAUACCUCCUGGUCCACUUACGUGUCGACUAAUGCUCACAGCACAAUUGAGCAACGCAAGUGGGGCAAAGAAGACAGUGUACCUCUGACAGAGGACAUAGUCACCCUCCAGAACUACCUGAGGAAAGCUGAGAACGAGGCAAUGGCAGAGUUAAGAGAGCGUGUGAGUACUACAGCGUACAAAAAAUUAAGUGAGAGCCUUCUUGCACAAAUAAUCGUUUUCAAUAAGAAACGGGAAGGAGAGGCAUCACGUUUAACCCUUGAGACCUAUCUUAACACAAACACUGGCCAAAUGAACAAAGACAUAUAUGAGACCUUAUCUCCCGUGGAAAAACAAUUGAGCCAGAGACUGACACAUUUGGUGACACGUGGGAAGAGAGGGAGAAAGGUUCCCAUCCUACUUCUGGAGCGCACCAAAGCUUCUCUUGACUUCCUCAUUAAAAAACGGAGGGAAGUUGGCAUACUUGAGGAGAACCCGUUUCUGUUUGCAAGGCUUGGCACAACUACCAAUCUUCGUGGGUGUGACUGCCUCAGAAGAUUUGCAGAAGAGAGCAAGGCCAAAAACCCAGAACUGCUGAGAUCAACAAAAUUAAGGAAGCAAGUUGCUACCCUAUGUCAGCUUCUCAACCUCGACAGCCAGGAACUCGAGCAAGUUGCUCGAUUCAUGGGACAUGAUAUCAGGGUCCACUGCGACUAUUAUCGUCAGACAGAUAAAACAUUCCAAGUGGCCAAGAUUGGCAAACUUCUGUUUGCGAUGGAACAUGGAGCAGAGUCCCUGAAAGGGAGGACUCUACAAACACUGGACUCUGUUAUCAGUGACAAAGGACAUGCAGCCACCCCAAUCAAAGGUCUGAACAGUGUCAAUGAGAGAAGGACGUCGGAUGCAGGAAGACAACAGGAAGCUCAUGAUGAUGGAGAGGUGCCACAUUCAGCUGCAGCAAGGUCACCUGUAAAGAGACUAUGGCAGACUGCAAGAAGAAGACAUUAUGAAGAUGGUUGUGGUGCUGAUGAGGAUGAUGGGAUUAAUAACACCAUUCAAGGAUUUGAAAAUGCAGAUGCCAUGUCUCUCAGAUGGAGAGGAGAGACAGACUGCUGACACCAGAUCCCCUUUGAAGGGCCGAAAGAAGACUGCAGCUACAAG